CUUUGUCCUGAGUUUUCACCGAGCUUCCUCGUCCCCACUGCGACCGGCAUCCCGAGACUCCCGCAGCCUUCCAACUUUCAGACUCCCCUGCGACUCCGCCUCCCUCGGGACCCCCCAAACUCCUCUGACCCCCGAAAAUCUCUGACUGCUCGACUGUCCCCAAGGCUGCAGGACCCCCGCCAUGGCCCGCUCUUACGGCAGCCGGGUGCUGGCCGCGAUGAUCCUGCUGGGCAUCCCGGCGGCGGUAUUGGCGGCUCUGGGCGCGCAGCUGCUGUUUCAGCUGCAGGCGGGCCGCGCGGAGCUGCGGGGCCCGCGCACCGACGGGCUAAGUCCGGAGCUGGGCGCGGGCCCCGGGCUGCCCGAGGACGCGGCCGGGGCGCUGCUGCCGCUGGCCGCAGCGCUGGCCGCUCUCGCCCUGGUGCUGGGCCUCACCUGCCUGCUGCUCGCCGCUCUCUGCGGCCACCUGGGCGCCGAGCUGGCCAGGGGGCCUGGCCCCGGCAGGUCUGACUGGUUUCUGUACGACUGCCGCCUCCUCAGACAUGUGGCCCUCGGCCUCUUCUGCUGCGGGGUCUCCGUCUACUUAGCAGCACUGUCCAUCUACGCUCUGCUGCUCUUCGAGAUCGAGACCGGAGCAGCAGCUGCCUCCAUCCUUGGCUUGGGUGCCCUGGCCCUGGUGGCUGUGCUGACCCACACUCUGCUCCGGGCCGCCCGGGCCACCCGCCGUGGCCUCCAUGAGCUGUCCCCACCGCACUUUGAAGAUGACCCCGUCCGCCCUGCUGAAGUCUCCAAGGCCAGCCCUGAGGCUCAGCCCCAACAGGGUACCCACCACCGAACUCCCUACUCAUUUUGCCCAGAACCUGGGGACCCCCUCAGACCCACAGUCACUACCACAGCAGCUGCAGCCAUGGGGGGAGGCUGGGAGAGCAGCCUGCCUGCAUCCCGAAUGCACCGGUCGCUAUCAGCCAGUGGGGGGCACUGGGAGGGGGUCACCCACGAGAUGCGCAGCAUGCUGAGCCACAAGCCAGGGGGUUCGGGAAAGGACUCCACGCUGGUAUGAGCCCAGGGCUCGGGGAUAGAGAGCGGGUGUCAGGCAGCAGGAAUAGCACUCUGUAGAGCUAGAUCCAGGGUCAGUUACAGUAGCAGUACAACUUGAUUUCUCUCUGAGUUCACAGCAUCCUUGGCUUUUGUCCUCAAGUUUGUCACAUGGCACAAGAUGGCUGCCAGAGCUCCAGCCCUCACCUCCUCACUUGGAGGGAAAGGCAGAGGUCAGGGCUGGCUCAGCAUCUCUUGGACUUCUUCCUGGGAGGCCUUGAAACCCUCCUGUUUAUAUCUCACUGACCAGAACAGAGACAUAUGGCCACACCUUGCUACAGGGGGAGGCUGGGAAAUGUAGCUGUGCAGAGGAAUGAGGUCCUCUGAUAGGCAGGAGGGGGUGGUGGGGCUUAGGUGGUAGUUCUCUAA